UUUUGCUAGAGGAGGGGGGUAUUUUCACAGCGAAUUGACCACGAUUUACAUAUAAAAAUGGCAUCCAAAACCACCAGUCGAUCUAUUCAAUCUCUUAGCCGGCAAGCACGUCAAAAAUGCUCAUGCGCCGCCCCCCAAUCCUCCCGCUCAAAUACCGCCCGACAAUUCUCAAUAUCAGCCUCGAGGUCAGAUACUCAAUAUGAUGGGGAACAAGGGGCGCGACCCAGAUGGUCAUAUACACCACCACAGAUGAAAUUACCCUUCAAUCCGAGAGCAAAUCAUGACAUACCGACAUGGCAAGUCAAUAGCGAUCCAGAACAAUUGAACCGAUUUUAUACACAAUUUCUGGGACGAGGAGGUGAUCGAGUACUUACAGAUGAAGUAAAAUGGCUCGCUGUUACACAUAAGAGUUUUGAUCAGGGAAGAAGAGGUUUUAAUGAUCGGUUGGCAUAUUUCGGUGCGUAUUGUGGUUUACUUGCGGAUCCAGGAGCAAGUACUGAGUUUAUGGUAUGCAGGACGUAGGAUAUUGAGCUUGCAGACAAGUUUAGUUUUAUUGCAAUCGCCGAUUGCGAGACGAGCUCAGUUACCUCAGGACACGGAGGACGUGGAGCCAUAUUCGCAUCCUGCCCUGGACGGUUUAACCAACUUGACUAAUGUAAAGGUGGAUGAUAUUUUGAGCAAGGAGAGACUGGCGAGUUUGGGAACUCGGAUGGGUAUGCCGGAUAUUAUUCGAUGGGAACCUAGAAUGGUAAGUCGAAUAAUUUUGCAGCGGGUUCUUUGUGGCGCUACUGAUAUAUUUUACAGAAAGAUAACCUGGAAAAAUCCGGUAUUGAUCUUGUGAUGGCCACUUCAUUGUACGCCAUUAUUGGAGCAGUAGCAUUACAGAAGGGUGGUGAUUUUGCAACAAACGUGGCAAGGGAGAGAGUUUUGAAACCUCUCGCUAUAUCAUAGAUGUGUAUAUCAUGUGCAGGAACGACAUUGAUGUAUAAUAUUUAUUGUAAAAUACAUGCUAAAAACUCUCACAAGUUGUGAGAAGCGUAUCAUGAAUGGUGCAACAAUGCGCGGACUGAUUCGUUCGAUGAUAUUUCUUAAAUACUUCC